AUGGCUACCGAUAGCCCAACCGUCACCGCUCCCCAGGAUGGGCAAUCGGUGACUGAGGCUCCUGCCGCCACAUUAUCCCCUAGCCACGUCUCAGGUUCCCCAUCUCAACCUCAUACGCCUUCUAAAGCAGACCAAGACGUCCCGAUUUCUGAUAAUCCGUUGGAUGUGCUUGCUUCUCCCAAGCCCCAGAACGAAGAGGUAGAAAAAGACGACGAGAAAGAAAAGGAAGACGAGACAAUGGGGGGAACGGACGCAGAUGCAAAAAGAGAAAACGGUGUGGGAGACGAAACUGGUGAAAACUCGGCAACGCAACAAGAGCCAGUCGAAAACGCUGAUGACCAACCGCCGCAAACUAAAGCUUCUUUGGAGGCUUCAGCGCGCUCGCAUCUGGUAGCCCAAACACACGCUAUCAUCCUUCCAAGCUACACGAGUUGGUUUGAUAUGAAUGUGAUUCAUACUGUUGAGAAAAAAGCUCUUCCGGAAUUUUUCAACAGUCGAAACCGCAGCAAAACUCCUGCCAUCUACAAGGAUUAUCGCGAUUUCAUGAUCAACACGUACCGCUUGAACCCUGUCGAGUAUCUUACAGUCACUGCCUGUCGACGAAACUUAGCAGGUGAUGUGUGUGCUAUUAUGCGUGUGCACUCAUUCCUCGAGCACUGGGGUUUGAUCAACUACCAGGUUGACCCUCAGACAAGACCUUCCAAUAUUGGGCCCCCCAUGACAGGUCACUUCAGAGUCACCGCAGACACUCCUCGAGGCUUACAACCAUUCCAGCCGGCGCCCAACGCUAUCGUCACAUCCGGUAAACCCCACCCUUCUACUGAACGAGCCGCGUCUGCUACUCCAAUUCCAAAAGGUGAUCUCAACCUGGAAAUUCGUCGCAAUAUCUAUGAUGAUAAGGGGAAAGGAAUCACUCCAGCUGAGGACAAAGAGAAGCAGACAAAUGGGGAAGGCGCGACCACAAAUGGAACUGGUGGCGAUUCUUCGAUCAAGACAAUGGAAGCUGCAGCGAAAGAACCCAGGAAGACAUUCCAUUGCUAUUCCUGCGGUAUUGACUGCACACGGCUACGAUUCCACUACGCCAAAUCUGCUCCCGUGUCGAGUAAUUCCAAUGCUCCGGAUACGAAAUACGAUCUGUGCCCGAAUUGCUUUCUUCAAGGCAGACUGCCUUCAUCUCACCAUGCUUCCGAUUUUGUCAAACUGGAAGAUAGUCCGUAUACGACAAUCCCCGAUCGGGAUGCUCCAUGGAGCAACUCCGAGCUUCUCCUCCUCUUGGAGGGUCUGGAGAACUUUGAUGACAACUGGCGACAAAUCGCUCGCCAUGUUGGCACACGCACACCCGAAGAAUGUGUCAUGAAAUUCCUCCAGCUAGAAAUCGAGGAUAAAUAUUUGGAAGAUACGCAGGAUGGUUCUCUAAGCGGUGCGACGAGUGGAAGAGAGCCAAUUAGCCAACUUGACAACCCUGUCCUCUCCGUUGUAUCAUACUUAGCCGAGAUGGCCGAGCCAGCGGUUACGGCUGCAGCAGCAGGUCGAUCAGUUGAGGAAAUACGUCGAGAACUCCAGAAACAACUCGACAAAGGCUUUACGGGUACUGACAAUCAAAUCAAGGACAAGGACAUGGACAAGGACGAGACCAAGGAUAAAGACAAAGGCAAAGCAGGAGAGACUAUGAAGUUUGAAGAUUUGAUGGAGAUCGACGGUGCAAAUGAACCUGAAUCAUCAGCUGUUGUGCGGAGCACGGGAAGUGAUAAACAAUCCUCGCGCCCUUCUAUUGCAACUAUUGGUUUGGCCACUGCUGCUGCCCGUGCAGCCGCUUUUGCCUCCAACGAAGAAAGAGAAAUGACUCGUCUAGUCGCUGCGGCUGUCAAUAUAACUCUGCAAAAAUUCGACAUCAAACUUGCUCAGUUCACCGAACUUGAAAAGAUUGUUGAAGCCGAACGGAGAGAUCUGGAACAAGGCCGGCAACAGCUCUUCCUUGACCGCAUGGCCUUUAAAAAGAGAAUCAAGGAAGUUCAGGAUCUCCUAAAAUCCGCCAGCUUGGAGGGACCUGAGGAAGGAGUUGCUAUGGCUGUCAAUGCGGAAAUGCUGGGCAUUGGCGAACGUUAUGGGUUCCAGCAGGCUACUGCUGGCCAAGUGGCGAACCUUCAGCCGCCCAGCUUGCAAGGCGGGGAGUACAAAGCUUUUGAGAUCUAA